GCGAACCAUAAGCUUCUCGGCUCCGAGUGGUACUCUGUUAUUAGCGUUUUACUGAAAUUUGUAUGUCAAAGCAAGAGCAUGAAGAAAGCAAAAAGGAAACAGAAGGGCAGAACAUUACCCGCAAGGGUAACAGAUAUUAGAAGACAAGGAACUAGCCCAUCAGCAAAUUCUAACCUUUUGUUUGGGUGUUUAGAGUUCUAAACACAAUCUAAGAAAUCCAAGAACUCUUGAAACCCCGCUUUUGCGUGUAUAUGUCCUUGAGUUAGUUUCGCAUGGUUGAUGGAUUCCUUGCCAAAGAUAUCAAAGAAAACAGAUCAUGUUUUCAAGCAAAUGGAAUUUUGUAAAUACUCCUGUAAAAGAUCACAUGUUUAAAAAUAAAAAUAAAAAUAAAAGGCAGCCUUACUUGCAUUUUUGCAAGAGACUGUUUCGCCUCGAACAAAAAUUAGUCCCGGUGAAGCUUUAGUACAACUGGGAUGAGAGAAUUCUAGAUAAGCAAUAGCUGUUCCUCCUGGCUACCUAAUAAGGUCACUGUGUUAGUUUGGAUUUGCUUGCUUAAUUUUGGACUGGAAAAAGUUGAAAAUCUAACCAAAACCAGAUCUAACUGUGCGUUGCGUAACUUUUUUCUCUUAUGCUCUUCUUGGCUUCAGAUGUCAGAUCUCCCAGCUACAUUGAUAAUCAGAUCCAUGUCAGUGUCAAUCAAUCCACCAUCUCUUGUCCGCCAAAUAGCUUCUGAAAAUGGAGUUCAGCAUCUUGAACACGUGGGCCGUAUGAUUUAUGAGAAUGGAUUUCAACCUACUGAACUACUUCCUGCUUCCAAUGAUGAUCAUGGAGGUGUCAUUGUGGACAUGAAGGAGCCUAUGGACCCCACAGUCUUUUUGACUUUGCUCAGAGCUUCAUUAUCAGAGUGGAGAAGACAGGGCAAGAAGGGUAUUUGGAUUAAGUUGCCCAUUGGGCUUGUAAAUCUUGUUGAAGCUGCUGUCAAGGAGGGAUUUUGGUACCACCAUGCUGAGCCGGAUUACCUAAUGCUAGUUUACUGGAUUCCUAGAGGGGCUAAUACCAUUCCUGCAAAUGCUUCACACCGAGUAGGCAUUGGUGCUAUUGUAAUGAAUGCUAAAAGAGAGGUGCUUGUAGUCCAGGAAAAGAAUGGUAAGUUACGAGGAACAGGUGUGUGGAAGAUUCCCACCGGCGCUGUUGAAGAGGGUGAGGACAUUUUCAUGGCAGCAAUGAGAGAAGUAAAAGAAGAAACAGGGAUUGACACAGAAUUUGUGGAAAUUCUAGCAUUCAGGCAAUUGCACAAAUCGUUCUUUGAGAAAUCAGAUCUAUUCUUUCUGUGCAUCCUAAAUCCACUGUCCUUCGACGUUCAGAAGCAAGAUUUAGAGAUUGAGGCAGCACAGUGGAUGCCAUUUGAAGAAUAUGCAGCUCAACCUAUUGCUCAGAAGCACGAGCUUUUCAAGUACAUAAACAAAUUAUGCUUGGCGAAGGUACAUGGGGACUAUGCUGGGUUUACUCCUCGGACUAUAUCUUCAGUUUUCACUGAUAGAAUGAGUCAUUUUUACUUCAACAGUCGGGAUGUGAACUAGUAAAGGUAAAUAUACUUUGUGGUAUCUUUGAGAA